AUCCUCCAGCCCCAAACCGUGACACCCCUGAGACCCCCAGCCCCAAACCGUGACACCUCAAACCUCUGAGACCACCGGGAAACCCCCAGGCCUAAACCGUGACAUUGAAGUACUGAGACCCCGCCCAACCCCUGAGACCCCAGACUCAAAUCCCAACAUCCCAACACUGAGGCCCUCAAUUCCCCAAGCCCCCUGCCCCCUAAUCCCCCCCUCUGAGGGGCGGCCCCCCCAGGUCCCAGGGGAUUUUGGGGCGGGCCCCCCAUUUCCCUCCCCUCGGGGCACUGGGGCGAAUCUCCUCAGGGCCUGGGCGGAUGCAGCUGAUGGCGGCUGCUCCCCAAAUCCAGGGGGCUCCCCCAAAACAGGGGGUCCCGAGCCCCCUCCUCCUCAGCCUCCUCCUCCUCCUCACAGGCUGCCAGUGCCAGAGCCCCGCGUACCCCCCGGCUGUCCCCCCGCGCUCGGAGCCCCCGGAACCGCUGGCCGUGGCCAUCAACCCCGCCCCCGGCCCGUCCUGCGGCUCCUCGGGCGAGCUCCGCGUGUGGCCCGGGCCUACGUCCCGCUCCGCGGCUCCCGGCGAGCCCCUGAGCCUCGAGUGCCGCUUCGAGGCGCCGCCGGCCGCCACGGUCACCUGGCUGCAGGUGUGUCCCCGGCGCUACCACAGCCGGGGCUGCAGCUGGCCGCAGGAGGUGCCGGCGGCGGGCGGGGGUCGUCAGGUGGAUCGGGAGGGCUGUGUGUCCACGCUGAGCUUCCAGAGCCUGCAGCACAACCAUAGUGGGCUCUACUUCUGCCGCCUGCAGCUCGGCGAGGCGGCCGCACAGUCCUGCGGCACCUUCGUGCGGGUGCACGAGCCCGUGCCGGUGCCAUUCCUGCAGCUGAGGGACGCCACCAAGAACAGGAUCCUGACGGCGCAGGGGGUGCUGCUGCUGCUCUGCGCCGCGGGGCCGGGGCUGCUGCUGCUCUUCAGGCGCUGGGCCAAUGAGCGGCUCCUCCAGCCCAAGAAAAUCGCCCUGGAGGAGGAAAAUCUUUAUGAGGGGCUGAACUUGGAUGAGUGCUCCAUGUACGAGGACAUUUCUCGGGGGGUCCAAGCCACCUACCAGGACGUGGGGACCCCCCCCGCUGCUGACGGCCUGCUGGAGAAGCCUUAAAAGACCCCCAAAAUCAUCCCAGGGGACCCCUCCCCAAACCCCUGCGUGCCCCCCACCCAACAAAGGCUUUGCUUUAGGAACUUAAGGCUGUGCUGAGCCCCCCCCCCCAAUAAAGCUGGUGAGGGUCUGGGGGGUGCUGGGGGACCCCCUCUCGCCUGGAGCGGAUAGAUGGCUAAUAAACAAUUGAUGAAUCUUCGAUAAGUUGUGAAUAAAUAAUGAGGAUGAGA